AUGGUUCCAUAUGGCACCAUUUUUUUUAAGAGAGUAGUGCGACAAAUUGGUAGAAGUGUUCCAUUUCUUGAUGUACUCAUUGAGAAUAGAAAAGGCACUUUAACAACUUCAGUGUAUCAUAAAGAAGCAGCUAAGCUGUAUGUCGUACCAUUUGGAUCAGAUCACUCUGAUGAUGUUUUCCGAAACACUGUUGACACUGCUAUUACGAGAGCAGUUCGUUAUUCAACAACCUUAUCUGAAUUCGAAGAAGAAAUACGACAAAUGAAACUCAUGUUUCUCUAUAACGAGUAUGUUCCCUGUAUUCAUUCAUGUUUUUCACUCUUUCUAUGUGACUUAUAGGUACUCGUCAAGACAUAUCCAUCGGUGGCUCACUACAUGAUUCCGUAAAUAUUUAUACAAAUAUUUCAUUUUGCCUAUGCUCAAUAACCCUGAUGACUUCGAUUAUUUACGUCAUCAGUUAUUGACAACAUCAACAGAUAAAAUAUACAAUACACUGAAAAAAAAGGUGUCACACGAAACCCUUGAGGUUUCGUCAAGGGGGAAAGAGCGCGACUUCCGUACUUCCUUUGUACUCCCCUGUACUUCACUCGUACUCCCCUGUACCUCUCUUGUAUUUCCCUGUACUUCCCUCGUACUUCUCUUGUACUUCCGUGUACUUCCCUCGUACUCCCUCGUACUCCCUCGUACGUCCUUCGUACUUCAUUGUACUUCCAUUGUACUUCGCUCAUACUUCCAUUCUACUUCCAUCGUACUCCCUUGUACUCCUCUCGUACUUCCUUGUACUUCCAUUGUACUUCCGUGUACUUCCACGUACUUCCAUGUACUUCGAUCCAAU